CCUAAUCUGAUUGGUCGGAAGUGGAAAACAUUUAGGAGCAGUCGGGAAACAGCGGGAAAGUCAUUGCUAUCAGAUACAACAUACUGCCUAUAUAAUAAGCGCACGAGAAAACGUUUGUCCAAUUAUUCCAUUGUAUUUCUCACUCCAGAAUUUAAUUGACGCACUUAAUAUGUCACUAAACAUGUUAAACAGCAGCACAGAAGAGGUGACACCAGGUGAAACUUCAGAUUCGGCGCGAAGCUCGAGUUUAGAUCAGAACCCUGGUACUUCGACGACGCCAGGAUUCGGGUCGUGGGCUUCGCCAUCAUCACAACGUGGCCCACAAGUCACUGGCGUUACAAACGUAAAUCCAACACCUGUUUUGGGCGCUCAGUUGUCACGAACAGCACCACCCAAUCCUGUCACCUCAGGAGACUCUUGCCAGGGGGACCGAAGCUCCAGUACUGACAGAACCAGCGCGCCGAUCUUAAAAUCUGCUUUCAGCAGCUCUUUGGUUCGUGGUGUGGGAACUCCACGAAUAGGCCGGACCCCCGGCUCUACUGGUGCUGCCACUUCACACCAUGCGCGGACGCCCCAAACUGAACACACUGUGACCACCUGCUCCUCAGCAGCCUCUGGUGCCGCUGCCUCCGUGAUUGUGGCUGUGGUGGAGGGGCGUGGCCUGGCCCGGGGCGAGAUUGGAAUGGCCAGCAUCGACCUGAAAUUCCCAGAGCUCGUUAUGUCUCAGUUUGCAGACACUGGGGCUUACGCCAAGGUUAUCACCAAGCUGCACAUCCUGGCACCCUUGGAGAUUCUGAUGCCCGACACAGCCAGCGAAAAGGGAAAAGGGACCAAGCUGUUCAGCCUCAUUACUGAGAAUUUCCAGAAUGUGGCCUUCACUGCCAUCCAGAGGAGGUAUUUCAAUGAGAGGAAAGGGCUGGAGUACAUUCAGCAGCUGUGUGCACCGGAGUUCAGCACAGUCCUCAUGGAGGUGCAAGCUAAAUACUACUGCCUGGCUGCAGCAGCUGCCCUGCUGAAGUAUUUUGAGUUCAUCCAGAACUCCGUUUAUGCCCCUAAAUCACUCAAAGUGACCUUCAAAGGCAGUGAGCAGACUGCCAUGAUUGACUCCACCUCUGCCAGCAACCUGGAGCUUGUAGUCAACAACCGAGACGCUAGGAGCGAGCAUACCCUGCUGGGGGUGCUGAACUACACCCAGACUCCGGGAGGAGGGCGCCGGCUGCGCUCCAACAUCCUGGAGCCCCUGCUGGACGCCGACACCGUCAACAUCCGGCUGGACGCCGUGCAGGAGCUGCUGCAGAACGAGGAGCUCUUCUUCGGCAUGAAGAACGUGAUUGGACACUUUCUCGACACAGACCAGUUGCUCUCAGUUCUGGUGCAGAUCCCCAAGCAGGAAACGGUUCAAGUGGCAGAGGCGAAGAUCAUGCAUGUCAUUCAGCUGAAACACACACUGGAGUUAGUGGGACCGCUGAAGGCCGUGCUGAAAAACUGUCAGACCGCCCUGCUCAAAGCCUACUACAGCUCCCUGGAGGACAAGAGGUUUGACAGUAUCCUGGAGCAGAUCAAGACUGUUAUAAACGACGAUGUCGCUUAUAUGAAGGGCAGCCUUAGCAUGCGCACGCAGAAGUGCUACGCCGUGCGCCCCAACAUCAACGAGUUCCUGGACAUCGCCCGUCGCGCCUACACAGAGAUCGUGGACGACAUUGCAGGGCUAGUUGAUCAGAUGAGAGAGAAGUACAGCCUGCCCCUGCGUACCAGCUUCAGCACCACGCGGGGCUUCUUCGUCCAGCUGAAGCUGGAGGGCGUGGCCCUGCCCCAGGGCCAGCUUCCGGCGGAGUUCAUCAAGGUGACCAAGCACAAGAACAACUACAGCUUCACGGUGGCGGAUCUGGUCAAGAUGAACGACCGCUGCGACGAGGCUCUGCGGGAGAUCUUCCACAUGUCCUACGUGGUGGUGUGUCAGCUGCUGAGCACGGUGCACGAGCACGUGCACUGCCUGUACAAGCUCUCAGACGCCGUCUCCAUGCUGGACAUGCUGCUGUCGCUGGCCAACGCCUGCACCAUCUCCGACUACGUGCGCCCCGAGUUCACAGACACGCUGGCGAUCAAGCUCGGCCGACACCCGAUCCUGGAGCGGAUCUCCGGACAGCAGUCCGUCUCCAACAACAGCUACGUUUCCGAGGGCAGCAACUUCGUCAUCAUCACCGGGCCCAACAUGAGCGGGAAGUCCACCUACCUCAAGCAGGUGGCGCUGUGCCAGAUCAUGGCUCAGAUAGGCUCCUUUGUGCCUGCCGAGUAUGCCUCUUUCCGCAUUGCCGACCAGAUUUUCACCCGGAUUGGGGUGGACGAUGACUUCGAGACAAAUUCUUCCACAUUCAUGGUGGAAAUGAAGGAGAUUUCUUACAUAAUUCACAACGUGAGUGACAGGUCUCUCAUCAUCAUCGACGAGUUGGGGCGGGGCACCAGUGCCGAGGAGGGCGUCGGUAUCUGUCACUCAGUCUGCGAGUUCCUCCUUAACUUCCGGGCCUUCACUUUGUUCGCUACCCACUUCCUGGAGCUGUGCCAGCUGGAGACCCUUUACCCCAACGUGGAGAACCUGCACAUGGAGGUCCAGCACACCCGCUCUGCAGAGUCCGGCGCAGAGAAAGUGGUCUACACGUAUCUGCUAAGUCGGGGCUGCUCGGAGGAGAGGAAUUACGGUCUGAAGGCAGCAGAGAUGACUGCAUUACCACUGUCCAUAAUCCAGGAAGCAAAAGAGAUAGCUUCCAGUGUCAAUCAGCAGUUGUGGGCCAGACAGCACACUGACCCUGAGACCCUGCGCCAGCGGGCGGUCUACCGCCUGGCCACCCGCCUCCUGCAGACGGCCAGGAACUCCCGGCUGGACCCUGACAGCCUCCGCAUCUACCUGAAGGGUCUGAGGAGGCGGUAUGAGGCAGAGCUGCAGGUUGCUGGGGCGACAGUGUCCAUGGACACAGAGGAGUGAGCCAGGUGGAGAAGAUGGGGAUGAGCUGAUGAAGAGCUUGCAUGCUAUCUGUCUGGACAAAAAGAGGGAAAGAAGGAAAGAAGUGCUUUUAGCAUUAUGGUUUCCUCUGCUCAGAUGCACUGAACCAGUUUUUUUUCCCUCCCCCACGUCUGUGAAGGUUCUCAACACUGCUUUUAUGCAGGUACAUCACAGUGUCUCAUAACGGAAUUAAGCGUCGUUGUCAUCCCUUUCUGAGGCCCAGCCAAAAUUGGAACAGUUUGCUAAUGAGAUGAUUGGUCAUUGACAUUAAUAGAUCCAGGGUUUCGUCCGUAUGCUGUCAGUACACAUCAAAAGCGCAUACAGGUCAAAUGCUAAGCGCAAAUGUGCGUGUUGGAAUCGGUCUUAAUAUAAAAACUGAAACGAAACAUUUUAAGUAUGUAACACAGAAAUAUCCUUUCUUAAAAUGGAAGUUAUUCUGCACUUUGUCUCAUCCAAAACUUGCAGUACAGAUUUGG